AUGGCUUAUGUCGACACUGAGCCCUCGGCUGAAGCUGAUUGUAAAAAGCCACUGUUGGUGUUCAUGCAUGGAAUGCCGAUGUCUUCAUAUAUCUGGCGGAACAUCAUACGCGAAGUGCAACAGCGCACAAGAUGCGUGGCACCGGAUUUGAUCGGUAUGGGGGCAUCGCAGAAACUUUCUAUUGACGGUUAUGGAUGGGACAAUAAUGUGGGGUAUUUGGAAUCAUUUUUCGACCAGAUCCUCGGGGUAGAUCAGAAAGUCAUUCUCGUCCUGCACGAUUUCGGCUCGCUCUUUGCUUUCAACUGGGCUCACAGACACUCACAUAGAGUGGCUGGGCUCAUAUUCAUGGAAUAUCUCUACAAUUUCCCCGACUGGUACGCUACGAACACGGACGCAGACUUCAUGACGAAACUUGGCCAUUCAACUGAAAGUAUGCGAAAGGCGAUAGUAGAUGACAACAUCUUUAUCGAAGACUUUAUCCAAGCUCAAAUCGUGCGAAACUUAACAAAGGAGGAGAUGGAUCACUAUCGAGCUCCUUUCCUAACGGCUGAAGAUCGCAUAUCCCUAUUCGAGUUCGCGAUGCUAAUGCCAGUUAAAGACUUCAGUCCCGUGUCUUAUAAGGCUGCGGAGCAAGAUCAGGCGUGGCUGGCUGAGACAGAUCUCCCGAAGCUCUACUUCUGGGCGGACCCAGGGAAGAUAGAACCUCCUGAGCUGGCAAAGGAUAUCUCUAGUAGGUUGAAAAAUAUCACUAGUGUUGGUGUCGGCCAUGCAAAGCAUUUCCUGCAGGAGGACCAUCCGCAGCUUAUCGGAGAAGAGAUCAAAAAGUGGUUGAAUAAUCAAGGGUCAUGGACACAGUGA